AUGUCGCGGGCGCUUGACAAGAGUGUAAAAGAGUCUCUAAAGCAUGGCGACCAUCAGUCUGUGUUUUUGGAGAUAUCUGAUGUUCUGACAAAGGCCUCGGAGGAGCUUAUUGAGAUUGAGUUGUUGGGUAGAAGCCAUGUACCGGUCCCCAAUACAGCGAUCCUUCGGGAUGAUAAUGCUGUUGCUAUUCCGAAAAUACGUCUCGUUCAGGCGUUUAUCGUGGCCCAGAAACUCUUCAAACAAUUAUAUGCUGCUGAUCAAAGUACCUCACAGAAUGAGUUGUUGAGAUCAACAGCAGUCAUCCUAUUGAUGGACCCCGAGCACCUGACAGCUGCCAACAUGAGAAAGAGGCUUAUUACAAGCAAGUUGGAUGACAAGAACGUUGAAGACAUUCUGCAGCUCGAGAAGCAUUUGGUGGAUAGCUUAUUGACUAGCCGACUUCAUCGGCAUACAAAGUCGCCGACGUUAUGGAAUCACCGCAGAUGGCUGAUGGAGCAGUUCCGUCUUCAAGGCAGAACGGUUACGGUCGAAGAUGACCUCACAAGAAUCAUCAUGAUAUCCGGAGAAAGACAUCCACGAAACUACUACGCCUGGUGCCAUGCUAGAUAUCUGAUGAAGACUUUCAUACCCCCGUCGUCAAGUGCUGAAGAAGCUCUAUCACGCAUAAUCACCACAACACAAAAGUGGUGUUUCGCGCAUCACAAUGAUAUAUCGGGCUGGCAAUUCCUGAUAUUCCUGCUCGACAAGCAACCUGCUGAGACAUCAUCCGUCUUCCGAGAAACAUUGAAGCUCACAGGCUCAUUCAAGUGGCGCAAUGAGUCGGUUUGGUACUUUCUUCGACAUGUUGCUGCACGGGGGGCUACCAUUACCGACAGAGAUGAAUUUGAGAAUUUGCGAAGAAUACUCUGGGAGAGUACCGCAGAUGGUGAUAUCGAGAGACGGACGCUGGAGAGAGCGGAACAAUGGCUUAUGGCCAGUCAAGAGACGGUGACAGGAUCUUGA